CCGAGACCGAGAGGAGAAGCACCUGAAAUGGCGGAGCAGCAGCCAUUGCGGCCAGGUUUCCGUUUCUACCCUACGGAAGAAGAGCUGGUCUCAUUCUUUUUGCUCAACCAGCUAGAGGGUCGAAACCCUGAAGGCAUGCGUCGUGUUAUUCCUGUCAUCCACAUCUAUGAAAAAGAGCCAUGGAACCUCCCACAACUAGCGGGAGACCAGUGCCAAGGAGAUACCGAGCAGUGGUUCUUCUUUGUGCCGAGGCAAGAAAAUGAAGCAAGGGGAGGGAGGCUCAGCAGGAGCACAGAUUUGGGAUACUGGAAGGCCACGGGAUCACCAGGCUAUGUCUACUCAUCGGAUCACCAAGUGAUCGGGGUGAAGAGGUCGAUGGUUUUCUACUUGGGGAAAGCUCCUACGGGAAGAAAAACCAAAUGGAAGAUGAAUGAGUACAAAGCCAUUGAUAGAAUGCCUCCUCAUCACCCUUCCAAUUCUCCAGCCGUCCACAGGUUAAGGCAUGAGUUCACUGUGUGCCGUGUCUAUGUGGUAUCGGGAGCCUUCCGGGCAUUUGAUCGCCGCCCGGUGGAGGCUAACCUGGACAGACACGGGGUGCUGAGGCCAAUUCAUCAGAAAGGGAGGAUGGUGAAUGUGUCAAGAACCCCGAAAGUUUGAUACUGCGGGCAGAUCCUCCUAGUGGCUUAGAAGAAUCUAUGUGGGACUAGGAACAGCUGAUCGGAUGGAAACAAAUUUCUGGUCACAAUAAGCACGAAUCCACGCCAAUAUGGCGCUUUAAGUU